AUGAAUCUCAAAUUAGCAAACGCGACCCGGACCUUGCAGAUUCGUGCAUUGACCUCAUCCGUCACACUACAGUCAGAAUCAAUACGACUUCCAACAAACGUAAAACGCUCCACAACUUCCAGUGCCUCUCCCUGGAUUACACCUCCGCCAAAUAUGCCACCUUGUGUAUUCGUGCUUGAGCAGGCACUUUCAGUUCGCGCGCUGCAAGAAAUGUUGUCUAUACGAUCUCAAGGCUCUGACACUGGUUUUGCAAGUGGUGAUGGAUGCAGCCAGAAGGCGACGCUGCUCGUGUUCUCUCCUGCUGCAUUCAAACAACGGUUUGGUUUCCAAAUGGGUCCAAAUGGAUCUAAUGAGACCGCGGUAUCCGAACCGCAAUUCCUCAGCAUAGCUCUGAUUCUCAUCAAUAUUGCUUUUCUUCCCCAUCGUCCAAACUGCUACGAACACCGCCCCCGUCGCCAGCAUGUCUAUGGUGAAGUAUUCUCCGGUCAUGGGGUUAUUGCAAGUUUCCAACAAACUCUAUGGACAGUGAUCCCAGUCUCCAGCGGUGCUGUUCGACAAAAGUCAAUGAAUAUGGUUCUCGGUGGAGACGUCGUGCGACUCUUUCAUGGUGACGAGUCCCUCACUGUUAGCGCACCGGACUCCGAAGAAGCGAAUCCUCUGGUCCCUCCAGCGCACAACGGUGGAGCUCCAGGAAGCCCUCCGAACGCCGGGGUGCGAGGCAAUCAAACAAACACUGCUAAUACAAGCCACCUGAAUGUGGAAGCUUCCACGGGGUAUCGUCAACAGGUGAUGUAUGAAAUCGGAGCUGUGUCAAGCAGUGCGCGUUCCUUAUGGCGCAUCGAGCACUUGAAAACCAAAUGGAGCGCUGGUUUCUUCUCAUGGGCCAGCGAGGUACGUCUGAGACACGUGACUACCGGUCGAUAUUUGGGCGUGAAUCCGGCUGAAGCAAACGGAACAGGACAUUGUGAUGUCGUUACACUGUCACCAAACGAGGCAUCCGAGGCCGCUACGAUUUUCCAACUAAGGCCCACCAAGGUCAGUCCACUGUUGUCUUGGAUACCUCAUAAUCUGCUCCAUUUUACUGGUUGCCCCUUCAGUCCACCACAACAUGGUGACCGAUCUCACAUUGUUUCCUCAUACUUUACUCAACAGGAUGACAAAAAACGCAUGGAGGAGCACGGGGACGAAGGAAUGGGUGAACCGGACUUGCGUCUCGGUGAAACACUAACCUAUUUGCAACACGCCGCAUCUGGCCGAUGGCUGUCUUACGAGGCCUACGAAACGAAAAAGCGCGGACUUGGUCGCGUAGAAGAAAAGAAGGCCACACUCCUUGUGGAAGGUCAUAUGGACGAUCUGUUUAGUCUCGUUCGUGCACAAGACGAAGAGAUCAAAUCCGCCUCCGCGAUUCGUCGAUGUACCGCCGUUUUCAGUUCGUUUGUCAACACACUGCGCUACAUCUGUCCUCCACAUCAAACCGGAUACAGUGGACCACAAAUCCAACCACUGAAUCCACAGUCUCCGGCCAUUUUGCGUCUCACCAGCGGAGUUCUUCUUGGUGAGGUUACUCAGUGUCUUGAAGAUCUGAUAGACUUUUUCGCCCAACCAGACCCCCAUGAAGAACACGAGGUUCGACAAGCCAAACUAGCGGCACUGCGUAAUCGACAGAACCUCUUUCAAAACGAAGGCAUGAUUGGCUGCGUGCUGAACACGAUCGAACGGUUCACAGGCACAUUUCAAACCCGGCGCGAGUUCUCCCAAGUUGUGGGUGAAGACAAGUCUGAACAAUUCGAUCGUUUGGGAAAUUACCUCUAUCUAUUAUUGGCAGCUCUGAUUCGUGGGAAUCGCGAGAACUGCGCCCAGUUCGCCACUCCAAGCCGUUUGGACUGGCUGUUCAACCGACUGGAGCUUCAAGAAGGAUUUGCUGAAGGCGUCCUGGAUGCACUACAUUGUGUGUUAACGGACAGCGAUGAAGCUCUGUAUCUGAUUACGGAACGGCACAUUCGGACCUUGAUCAGUUUACUUGACAAACAGGGUCGUGAUCCAAGGGUACUCCAAGCACUUUGUUCACUCUGCCUCGGGCGCCAGGGAGGUGCGGUGCGUUUGAACCAGGACUUGAUCUACAACACCCUGUUACCUCAGCGUGACCUACUGUUGCAAACCAAACUGGUGGAUCAGUGCGGAUCGAUGCGUCCCAACUUGUUUGUGGGCAUCAAGGAGUAUGAUCCACUAUUUCCCCAUGUUUUCUUUACCAAGGGCGGAUCGAUGUAUCCCAAAUGGUACUUUGAAGUGAUUGUUGAUGCCCUGGAAACUGUAACCCAUCAGCCUGCUCAUCUUCGAGUUGGAUGGGGUAACACUGAAGGUUACGACGCACAACCAGGCGGUGGUGCAGGUUGGGGUGCCGCGUGCCUUGGAGAUGAUCUGUUCAGUUAUGCAUUUGAUGGACGAUGCUUGUGGGCCGGCGGCAAACCCAAACAGGCUAGCAUUGGGACCGAAGAGGCCUCCACCAACGAAGAACCAUCAACCACCGGUCUCCCACUAAAGCGGGGGGACGUGAUCGGAUGCCUGUUGGAUUUGACAGGACCUGUCAUACAAUUCAACGUAAACGGUCGUCUUGUCAGAGGCUACUUCCAGGAUUUCAACACGACCGGUCUGUUCUACCCAUGCAUCAGCAUGAAUGCCAAAGCUAGCGCCAGAUUCCUGCUUGGCAGUAAUCAAGGCCGACUUCGGCACGGACCACCACCUGGCUAUGCCCCCAUAUGCGAUGCUCGCCAGCCUGGACAACGUCUCCGUCUUGAGCCGGUGUUCAGCUUCGGUCAACUUGAGAAGUCCGUGUACACUGGCCCACUAGCUUCUCCGACCCCUCAGCAGUCUGUGUUUGUUCCCCGAACUGUACGCACGAACCAUAUUCAACUUCCGAGUAAUGUGGAGGUGUUUCGGGACAGGCUGGCUGAGAACCUACACGAUAUGUGGUCUAUGCGCAAAAUCGAUCAAGGUUGGAAAUAUGGCGAGCGUCGCGAUGAUCAACGCGGUCUUCACCCGUGCCUCACCACGUUCGCCAAGCUUCCUCCUCAGGAUCGCCAGUACAAUGUGACUUUGGCCUACGAAACGCUACGCACAAUAGUCGGCCUUGGAUAUAACAUCACUUAUGAACCGCUACCGGAGGGGACUCGGAUGAAGACCAUCAAACUAUCCAAUAGUUUUACACAAGCCAACGGUUACAAACCACAACCCUUGGACCUAUCACAAAUCCGUCUGUCAAAGCGCCUUGAGGCGUUGGUCGAUCAGCUGGCCGAAAACACCCACAAUAUGUGGGCACGUGACCGAAUCAGUUUGGGUUGGACAUACGGGUUCACCGAAGAUCAUGCUCAGAAACGCAGUCCUCACUUGGUACCAUUCAGAGAAGUUGAUCCGAUCAUUAAAAAUUCUAACCGCGAAACAGCUAUCGAGACGGUCAAAACACUGCUAGCCUACGGUUAUUCAUUAACUCAGACCAGCUCGGACUCUUCUGAUGCCGCCCGUGGUAACAGUGCCUCGGAAUACUCGGGGCCUACAAGGACGUACCGGGGUCAGGCCAGUCGAGCAGUCACUCGUGGCAAGUGGUACUACGAGAUAGAAGUGCUGACGUCUGGUUUUAUUCGUAUUGGCUGGGCAAAAAAGAACGCACCACCGGACGCCAUUGUUGGUUCGACCAGCAAUUCCUAUGCAUUCGCAGCACACCAAGCACGCAAAUGGCACCGGGUAGGAACAACCUACGGGAAUGUUUGCCAACCCGGAGACGUCGUUGGCUGCAUGCUAGAUUUGAUAGACAAGACAAUAAGUUACGUCCCUGCGUUCUCUCUGGGCUCCGGACAACAAGUGAAAGUGAACUACGGCAACGAUGUGCAAACCUUGAAGUUUUUCACCUACUGCGGUCUACAAGAAGGCUACAAACCGCUUUGUGUUAACAUGUGUCGGCCAAUGCCAAUGUGGUACGUCCGCGACGAUGCAUCUCUGUUUGUGGACGUGGAUAAACAACAUCCGUUUCUGCAAAUCUCGCUGUCCACGGGAAGCACCCCAGGCUUCAAAGUUAUCGGGAAACAAGCCGACCACAGCGCAUCUGAUGAAACGCUUUAUCUGCGCCUCAGUCUCGGUACCCGCUGCAAAGAUACCUUUACCAGCAACGCCCCGUUCCAUAUCCACCUCGGUCUUAUUGCCCCUCGCCUAUGUGUCUCCUUCACCAGACCGCUGAAGGAGCGUCACGCGUAUCUGGAUUCGUUGCGACGCCACUUGGAACCUGAACUCGCCACUGUUGGACAGAUGGGAAUGCACGCAGAUAUGACUAAUCUGACAAUGAUGGGUGGUAAUAUGACUUCCUCGACACUGGAAAUGCGGGACCGUCGUGCUAAAAAGACUCGGCUGGGGAAUAUGUUCAAGAAAGGAAAGUCACGUGAACCCAGUCCGGAUGUGGGCUCCACCGUCGGUAGUGGAGCUGGUGUGUCAGCCAUCAGCGCCGGUGGCAGUGGUCUUGUUCAGACAGGAGGAAAACGUACAGCCCAGCCACAGGUCGGAAUGAUAGCUCAAGCAGGUGGCCAGGGCAGUGCCGGUUCGGGUAGCCUGGUCUCAGGAACAGCAGGAACGUUCUCUGGCAGCCUGACCGGUGGAAGUACGCAAGGAUUUCAGCAAUUUCAGCCAUCUGCACUUCAACAAACUAUGGUUCAGGAGACUGCGAUGCCACUACACACGGCACAGAUGCACACUCCGCAAAUAAUGGUGCCAAGCCAAGCAGGUGUUGGACCUGCCACCUUUGGUGUCCCGUCUCUUCUAGAUGAUCUGGACAUGCUUGUACCUGAUGCUAGUGGUCACAUGAGCCCCAUCGCCAAUCUGAUUGACGAGUUUUGCUUCACUGUCUUGGUUCUGCCUGGUCAAGAUCCUGGGCUGGUUCAUAUUGGUUGGGUGACCAACUACUUCAAACUGGCCAAACCUCCAGGACCGGACAGCUCCAGCUUGUCCUUGUUGCACAACAGUCAACAAGGCGGCGGUUUCGACACCGUGACCGGACAGCCGUUCGCGCAGCCUGGUGUGGUGAGCAAUCAGAUGCUCGGAGUAAGCUACGUAGAACUGUUCAAUGUGAGACAAGCUGCUGUGUGUCUGCUCGAAUCAGAUUUGACGCUAAAAUCUGCCGUAGCUGAACGUGCCUCGUUCAUGGUGAAUUUGGGCCAGUUGUUGAGCCAAAUGGCAACACCGGAAGAUUUGGGCAAACGUAUGAGUCAGGGAUUGUCACUCACCUGCUGGGUAGAUGUGGCUACCGGCACACUCGGUUUCGAUCUAAACGGUCGUGACACGGGAAUUCGUUUUCAGGUCGAACCCUCCACACGGUUGUUCGGAGCUGUCUUCUAUCGACCCACAGUACGUGAGGCGAUCCACUUUGAAUUCACUCGACGGAAUCGAUACACGCUUCCAGUGACAGCCAGUAUGUUGCGACCACCAAGACAGGCGUCCAGUCUGCCGCCGCAUCGUCUGAAGGUCCAAGCUUUACAACGUUUGCAUUGGGCCCGUGUACCGCCAAGGACGGUCAAGAUGUAUAGCAUGAAAAUAAGCGAUCAGCGUGGUUGGAGCACCAUCUUGGAAGACCCGGUUUCCGAGCUGGCUGUACAGCUCCCGGAAUCUGGGAGAUGUGUGACCGCUUUGGAGUUGGACGAGAUGCCCCCUUUGCUCAAGUUCCAUUCACACACGCUGGAACUCUACCGAGCUCUGUGUUGUCAUGCUAACCAUAACGUUGCUCAAAGUCUGACGCAACAUGUGGACGCUCAUCAACUUCUGCAUGUGUUCACGGCUGCCGAUAUACCUGGACCUCUACGAUCCGGCUUUGUCGAGCUUAUGCUCACAAUGCAUGUGUCCAGUCAUGUGAAAUUGAAACAAGUUACCGGGAAAGAAUUCAUCGUGCCGCUCGUACGUCCAGAUAUGAGCAAACCGGAACUGUUGAGCAUGGGUAGCCCGGAAGAGCUGACACGAGAGGAAGACGCCGAGGAAGGACCGGAAAGCUUCGAUUUCGAUCGCAUCCCAGCUGUCAGUGAACAUCUGAGUAUCCGACCGCGGCUGAAGACCGAUCCACAUUUGCUCAUUCCCGGAGCCGACGGUACAGGCAGUGUUCCGGUACCAGCACAACUGGAGAAGAGCAAAGAAGAUGCAGCUCUGUCCGCGGCGAUGAGUGUUGCCGGACCAGGCGGCCUACUCAAACUGGCGGACUGUCCAGACUUCCCAAUCACCCAGCUAAAAGAACUCUGUCUGAGUUGUCUGGUGGAAAGUGUGAACCGUGGUGGAGGGAUUCGUGAUCCAGCCGGAGGGAACUUCGAACAUUUGCUGCUUCCACUUCUCCGUACCAUCAACUGUUUGUUGGUGAUGGGCACUUUGGACGCCACAGAUGUGAAGAUACUUCUGGCCAUUCUGGACCCGAAAACCUUCGAGAAUCCUAGGCAUAUGAGCACUGCAAUUGGCGAGAGUUUGCUGGAAUUCCCACUACCGGAGAGUGUUCAGCUGGAAGUCUGCCGAUUACUACACACCCUUUGUGACCUUCAGCUACGUCACCGUGUCGAACAGGUCGUGAAAUUCGCCAGCACAUUUGUUAAGGAGCUCCAGUCGGUGAGUAGUUUGUUACUUCUCACUGUGUACAGUAACAGUCGAACUUAUCUUCUGGUUUAUUGCCGACCCUUAUCGCGUGGGGUUAGCUUGAAGGAAAGGCAAGCAGAAUUAUUCACGUCUUUGUCGGCCUUGUACUUUUUCCCACCACAGGAUCAAUAUUCGCGCUACAUGGCUAUCAAGCUGUCCAACUUGCCAUCAUCUGUGGCUGCCAGGCGAACCAGAGAAUUUCGCUGUCCGGCAGCCGUACAGAUGUCAUGCCUCCUUCGAAUGCCCGGUCCCGGUGGACCAACCGGUCGGUUGGAAGAAGGUCCAGAAACAACUAGCGAAGAGCCGACAAACACGGAGCCCACGGAACCGAACCCCAUGGAGGAACCUGGUGAUGAAAACAAGGAGGGAGAAGAGUCCGAAGGCGAGGACACCAAUCGUUGUGCAGAAGAGGUUAAAGAACUUCUAAGAAGAUUCCACAAACACCUCACAGACAAACUCGGCGUCCUUCGGCCAGGCAGUGAAGGAGCUGAUGCCGGUGAACACGGUGGAUCGGAAUCGAUGAUCGACAGUGGCUAUGGCGAUAAUAGUCGGGUGUUCCCGGUGACACAUGCACCGGACAACUUGAGUUUAGUCUCUUUUGGUCAGGUGUAUCCCCCAGACGACCUACAGACGGCUCUGUCCCGCCUCCCCCUAGUCCCUCCUGACAUGGGUAAUCCGGAAGAAGGUUCUGGGGUUCCUCCGUGGAUUUUACAAGCGGCCUGGAAUCUUAUUAUGAAGAAACGUGGUUACUCACCAACCGAAGAUGAACAGAAAGAGCUCGAUCGGCUGUAUGAAGCACAAAAGUCUGAAGCGGCGGGAAAAAAUACCUUCACUGAUCUCAUCACUAGAACCAUCGUGAAGUGGGCCCGUAGCAAGUACAUUGAAAACUUGGAGUUGAUCAGAGAGAUGUUCUCAGUCCUCUAUCGCCAGUAUAACGCGAUUGAAGAGUUGCGGGGUGCCCUGGCGAAAACGUAUGUCAUAUCUUCACUGUCACAAGACGAAGUGUCGCGACUUCUACGUUCGCUCGGUCGAGUUCGCUGCCUUUUGGGAGUGCAGCUGGGUUCAAAUGAAGAGAUGUUGCUCAAAAACUGUCUCUGGGAUCUGAUGAACAACAAGGUAUUCUUCCAGCACCCGGACCUCACACGUUGUCUGGCCGUACACGAAACGGUGAUGCAGCUGAUGGUCCAGACUCUUACGAAGGCCACGUUGGAGCAACCCGGUACAGCUGGUAGCGGCGGUGCAGCAGAUGCAUCUGGAGUGCGCACUUCUGCUGAAAGCGGCGUUACUGUCGCCACAUCUUCGGCGAUACUUCCGGUCGUUCAAGAAGAAGGUCUCGGAUUGGCAACAAGCACGACAGAACAACGAAACGCCGCCGGUCCCACGGAGAUGGUCGUCCAGUGCUGUCGGUUUCUAUGCUACUUCUGUCGAACUUCACGAGGAAAUCAGAAGGCCAUGUUCGAACAUUUGAGUUACAUGUUGGAGAACUCGUCCAUGCUCCUUGGUUCAUUUUCCGAUACCGUUGUCCACUUGCCUAGUCUAGUGUACAUGUUCCUUGGCCGGCUGAAUUCUGAGAUGGCUCGUGGGAAUUUUCCGUUUCGGAACAAAGUUGCUGGUGUCCAAUUCUCACAAUGGGAAGCCGCAAGGCACUUUGCAGCAGUUCCAUUCUUGUAUAGACGUGGUGCACUACUCAUCAUAAACGAGAGUUUUAACUGGGUUCCAGCUCGUCCCAGUCUCCGCGGUACCUGCCCACUGGACGUGGCGUACUCAUCCUUGAUGGACAAUAAUGAAUUGGCAUUGGCGUUGCGUGAAAAGCAGUUGGAAAAGGUGGCCGUUUACCUCUCUCGUUGUGGUGUGCAGUCAAAUGCAGAACUACUUGCCAAGGGUUACCCAGACAUUGGCUGGGAUCCAGUCGAAGGCGAACGCUUUUUAGAUUUCUUACGCUUUACUGUUUGGGUAAACGGCGAAACGGUGGAAGAGAACGCCAACCUUGUUGUACGACUGCUGAUUCGUAGACCCGAGUGUCUGGGACCCGCACUUCGCGGUGGGUCGAAAACGAUGAAGCCACCAACGGCCGUGGCAGCAAUCGAAGGAAACGAGUUACCGCCUGGUGGUCCCGGUGAACUCCGUGAUGCAGGUGAGACGACCAACCCCGAUGUCGAAGCUCAACAAACCUUGGUCGGUGGAGGCCUUUUGAAGGCGAUGAAGGAAGGCAUCGUCAUGUCUGCGCAAAUCAAGCUGGUGAAGAUGGCCCAAGAAGCCGAGGCUGCCGGACUGAAUCCAGAGGAUGAAGACUUGGGGUGGCGUACCGUACUGAUGGACUAUGAAGAUGCGAAUCUGUUUGUCCCAUUGCCGUAUAACUUUGAAUGUCUUCCACCUGAAGACAGUCCGGACUACAUUGACUUGGGCGCAGCAAUCCUGACAUUCCACUCGGUGUUGGUCAAUUUGUUGGGCUUCUGUGCUCCGGACAUGGAGACAACCAAGAGCGAGUCUGUUCGAGCGCGAUCGAUUCUACAAUCCCUAGUCAGCAUGAAUGACUUGGAGGGUGUUUUAUCUCUUCGGUUCAUCCUGCCUCCUCCAAAACUUGAAACGCAGUUGGAUGAAGACGGCCAAGAAGAGUGGGUAGACAAAGCAGGAAUGCCUCCUGGCUUGCUACCGGAACACAAAGCUUCCGUUGUCCUGUUCCUCGAGCGUGUCUAUGGGAUAUCAGAUGCCGGGACGUUCCUCCGUCUUCUGGAGAAUGCGUUCCUACCAGACCUCCGCGCUGCCACCUUGUUGGAUGCGGCCGUGGUGCCGGACAGUGAUAUGGCCCUCGCUUUGAAUCGCUACCUUUGCAACAAUGUGCUUCCUUUGCUCACGAGACAUUCACACUUCCUGCGCGAGGAAGGCUCAGCUGGUGGACUUUUCGAGGCCACUUUACAGACCGCCUACCGCUUAUCCAAGUGCAGAGCCAUCACUAAUCACCAACGUGACAUUCUGUGCGAGUUCCUGGUCGCACUGAUGCAGCAAAUUCGACCGCCGAUGAUGACCGCAUUGCUGCGGAAGAUGGCCGUAGAUUUGCGCAAUUUGUCAAAGGAGUCGGUCGUUCCACUUCGUGUUCUCACGGAAUUUUAUCAACGUUGUGGAACCUAUUACACAUCCGAAGGUUGGACGGAUGAUUUCAAGUCUGUAGCGGCAGCUGCAGCAGUCGGUGCGGGUGCCGGAGCUGGAGGAGGUGCAGGUGGCGAUCACGAAGCUGGUAAACCUCCUUCGACGGAGAGUGCGGACGCCACGGCUGGACGUGGAGCCGGAGCCGGAGUCGGUGGUGAUUCGAUUGCGACGGAAGAAGAACGAAGCUUGACAGCACAGUUGUUCAUAUUGAUUUUCGAUAAUCUGUCUCGACAACCCUAUGAACCGGAACUAUUCUCGUACGCGUUGCCAUGUCUGUCAGCGAUCGGGUGUGCUCUCCCGCCGGACUACUCGAUUAACAUGGGUGAUCCAGGUAUUGGAGCAGAUGGAGAGCAGGGAGGAUUUGAGAGAUUCGGUUCGAGAACUGGUGCACUUCUUUCGCCCGGCGGUCCUGGGUUGAACGGCUCUGAUCAACUUGAUGAUGUGGCUCACCACGACAUCUUUAUCCCACAGCCCAUCGAAACUUCGCAGUUGUAUAGGGUUCUUACGAUUAAACGGUGUCACAUGGCCUCUGUAAGAUGCCCAGAAGAUUCCAAAUCCGUUCCUAGUUUUUAUUGCGUUUUACGAAUGGAGGGGGUGCACUUACCGAAUGCCAUGAAAGGCCUAAUCGAUCGUUUCGCUCAACACUGUCAUGAUUCUUGGGCAUUGGAAUUGAUCGAACAAGGCUACACCUUCGGACCAGUUGUAGACGAAGUCAAGCGGACGCACCCAAACCUGUGCAGCUUCGCCAACUUGCAGGAACAUGAGCAAGCACGUUACAUUCAACCGGUCACGGAUACGUUGAAAGCCAUGUUCGCCCUCGGUUGGUCGGUCGACGCCGAAGACGCGCGACAUCAUGAUUCAACUGCCGAUCGGAAUAACAUUCGUCGGUCAACCAUCACUGCGGACGCUUCAUACAACCCAAGUCCAGGUGAUCUGCGUGGAGUGAAUGUGUCCAAGGAGAUGAUCAAUCUGGCCGAACGUCUGGCCGACAAUGCACACAACAUAUGGGCAAGGCAAAAGAUGCAUGAUCUGGAAGCGAUUGGUGGCGGUGUACACCAGCUGCUAGUUCCCUACGAGAUUCUCACAGAUAACGAACGGAAACGCUACCGUCGUCUGACGCAUGAACUGAUAAAAUAUUUGCAAUACCAUGGGUACCGCAUGUCAUUCAGAUCCGGCGGGGCGCAACAGCAGAGUGCUCAGGGAGGUGGGGGCGCUGGAGGAGCGACUGCCGAUGCAGGGAGACCAGCGGAUGGACAUGCUUCCAGAUUCGCCUAUGGUCUUUUGAGCAAGCUACUGGAUUAUGUGGAAUCCGCAAUGUCCUCUGUACACGAGACCAUGCCGAGUACGCGCUUCAGUGCUUCACGCACUUGUGUCACAUCCAGUCAUGAUAUGAAAUUCUUCGUCAAGGUGGUUCUCCCCCUGGUCGAACGGUACUUUGAGACACAACACUCCUACUUUUUGGAUCCGCUGACUGGAGCUUCGCUGGAGGAGAAGAAAAUGGCUGCAACACUUUUCUGCAAACUGUUCUCUCUCCUUCGGGCGAAACUGAGUGCAUUUGGACACGACGUCCAGAUCGCUGUGUCGUGCUUACAAGGACUGGUUCAAACGAUCGAUGUCAAAGCAAUCCUCAAGAUGGGCACCGCGGAAGACUUCAUUCGAAGCAGACUACUACCCUUUUUUGUCAACUGCGCAGACGAUCUGUGUGUUUUGCUUCGAAACUUGGACAAUGCGCGAUAUUCACACGUCAAGGGGACCAUCAAACGUGGGGCUUGCUCUGUAGACUACGUCCACAUGGUCCUCAUACCUGUAUUGAAGUCGAUGUUUGAACAUUUAGCCAAGAACGAAUGUGGUGAGGACCUCUUAGCACGUACUCAACCAAUCGUCGCCAAUUCCACUGCGGACAUGCUUGGCCAAUACUUUCUUCCCGUUUCCGAACGGCUUCUGGAACACGCGCUAAUUGUUGAGAAGGUGGAAGAGCUGUUUAAAUCAGAGAAGCGAGCAGCACGUACUCAACCAAUCGUCGCCAAUUCCACUGCGGACAUGCUUGGCCAAUACUUUCUUCCCGUUUCCGAACGGCUUCUGGAACACGCGCUAAUUGUUGAGAAGGUGGAAGAGCUGUUUAAAUCAGAGAAGCGAGCAGGCUUGGAAACGGCGAGUGAACGCGAGGAAGAGUUGAGCGGCCUGGUGGAAGUGUUGGUACGGAAUUUGUUUGCAUUCUACCCACUUCUAAUCAAAUUUGUCGAUCGUCAUCGAUCUGCUUGGCUCAAGCAUCCGACGCAGGAAACGCAACGCCUAUUCACAGCGGUCGCGCGUAUGUUCCUGAUCUGGGCGAAAGCCACGAAAUUCAAACGUGAGGAGGAGAACUUUGUCAGCCAGCAUGAAAUCGAUCAUCUGUCUCUGAUAGUGCCGUCUGGUGGGGGAAGUUCAAGCCUCGCCCCUCGUACUCGGUCCACUAUCAAUGGGAAAAGUGACACUGGAGGAGUCAAGCCAAGCUUGAGUUUACUCGGAGGACGUGAACAAGAACUGGUCUUGUGCGCCAAAAGGAAGCUUAUUCGGGUUGAACCGCGAACACAACGUUGGCAGAGACUGCUCUAUCAGAAAAUCGAUAAAACGAUUGCACAAACUGGUCGCCAUGCGGGACUCGGUGUCUCCACCCGAGAUGAAGUCGUUGACCGUAUUUUGACGCUUUCCAAAGUGAUGCAUGGCUUAUACUUGGUUGAUCAUCCACCAACGAUGGCCAAAGGAGCCUGGAAAAAACUGGUCUCAUCCCAAAGAAAGAAGGCGGUCAUGGCCUGCUUCCGUAUGGUCCCACUCUAUGCACUGCCGGUACACCGGGCGGUCAACCUCUUCAUCUCAUCCUAUACACAAGAAUGGCUGGACUAUGAGGAGUCUUUGGGAGUCAAGCUCAUCGAAGAUAUCACAAACGAGGAGGGUGUUGAUCAUCCACCAACGAUGGCCAAAGGAGCCUGGAAAAAACUGGUCUCAUCCCAAAGAAAGAAGGCGGUCAUGGCCUGCUUCCGUAUGGUCCCACUCUAUGCACUGCCGGUACACCGGGCGGUCAACCUCUUCAUCUCAUCCUAUACACAAGAAUGGCUGGACUAUGAGGAGUCUUUGGGAGUCAAGCUCAUCGAAGAUAUCACAAACGAGGAGGGUGUAAGUGCGGGCAGUGAGGCCGACUCGGGGUGUGUGUCGGGUACAGCCACACCAGCCAAGUCAACGAGUGGGUAUUCAUUAGACAGUUCAUUCAAAUCGAUCGAAGAUUCUGCGGCUUCACAUGCCUUGGAGUUCAUGGAUUCCGUACUGGAUCUCAGCUUUCCCAGUGAAACUGAGGAUGGCGGGGAUGGUUGUGCGAAGCCUGUUCUGCCCGCUGGACCACCGACAGUCUCCGGUUCGGAGGGUGGCGCCCCAACAGAUUCAGCAGCUCCCGAUCCGUUGACCCAACUCUUGACGGCUUUGAGUCGAUCAGCGAUGGAGCAGGCACCAGAUGACCCACUGUAUUUAGCCUAUGCACGAAUAAUGGGCAAGAGUUGCAGCGGUGAAGACGAAGAAGAGGAGGAAGAGGAGGAGGAAGAAGAAGGCGCAACGUUUCAGGAUCAAGAAGAACAGAAACUGCAACUGUUGAGUGAACAGAAUCGUUUGGCCGAUCGUGGUGCUGCAGAAAUGGUGUUGUUACAACUGGCUGCUUCUCGAGGUGAAGCAACUCCCGUUGCUCAGGCCAGUAUCCAACUGGGUAUCGCACUGUUAUUGGGAGGAAACGUUUCCGUUCAAAGCCGCAUGUUGGAGUAUUUGAACCGCAAGAAGUUGUCCGGGUUCUUCACAAGUUUGGCAGGCCUGAUGCAGAACUGUUCCGUACUUGAUUUGGACACGUUUGAACGGUGCAACAAGGCGGAAGGCCUCGCUGUAGGCCUUUCCGAUAUGAAGGGCAUCACAAAUUUGUACGAUGCCGAUUUCACUUGCAAGAUUUUCCGUUUCCUGCAACUACUCUGUGAAGGUCACAAUCUAGCGUUCCAGGACUACCUCAGAACGCAGGCCGGAAACACUGUCUCGGUUAAUCUGAUCAUAAGCACAGUCGAUUACUUACUGCGUCUACAGGAUUCAAUCAUGGACUUCUAUUGGCACUACUCAAACAAAGAGACCAUAGACGAAUCGGGAAAGAGCAGCUUUGUGCGAGCUAUCAAAAUCGGCAAACAGGUGUUCCGAAGUCUGACCGAGUAUAUUCAGGGUCCAUGCGUUGGUAACCAACUGGCUUUGGCUCAUAGCCGUCUCUGGGAUGCGGUUGGUGGAUUCAUCUACGUGUCAGCACAAAUGCAGGACAAACUGAGUCGAGAUCCGGAUCAGUUGGAUCUGCUUCGAGAAUUCCUCAAUCUCCAAAAAGAAUUGAUGAUCAUGUUGUUGUCGAUGCUCGAAGGAAAUGUGGUCAAUGGACCGAUUGCUCGCCAGAUGGUGGACACACUGGCUGAGUCCUCUGCCUACGUAGAGGCGUUUGAUGUCAACGGUGAUGGAUGGAUUUCACAUCGGGAGUUCCGAAACGCACUGGAACAACAGAAAACCUACACUGCGGAAGAAAUUGGCUACAUCAUUGCGUGUGUGGAUACCAAUGCAGAUGGAAAGGUGGAUUUCAAGGAAUUCACCGAACGCUUCUACAACCCCGCCGAAGAUAUUGGCUUCAAUUUCGCACUCUUGCUCACCAACUUGUCUGAGCACGUGCCGUUCGAUCCAAGACUUGAACGUCUGGUUGAAAAAGCUCGCGGUGUGCUAGAUGUGUUCGAACCCCACCUAGGUCGGAUCGAAAUCACCGGCUCCAACGGACGCAUUGAGCGCGUGUAUUUUGAAAUCCGGCAACAGCAUAUCGAUCAGUGGGAAGCCCCUCAAAUCAAGGAAUCAAAACGUUCGUUUCUACAUUCGGUUGUCGGAGAGAGUGGCGAUAAGGAGAAGCUGGAAUGCUUCGUCAACUUUUGUGAGGACACAAUUUUCGAAAUGCAGCAUGCUCAGGAAAUCAACGGCGACGAGGCCGACAUGUCUUUGAGCAAGACGGCUGCAUUCAAUCGAUUUCUGGAGAUCACACACUUGGCUUUCAUUGGUCGGGCGUUCUCCACACUCUUCCACUAUAUAAGUCCUUCCUACAUUGCAUCCGGAUGGUCCACACUCCGUCAGAUGUCCUGUUCCGACAUUGUUCUCGCUUUUCUUGGUUUGCAAAUCGGCAUUCUAAUUUGUCUGACGCGUUGCGCAAUGUUUGGCGUGCGUCUUGUUGGACAAAUUAUCGUAGCAAUGGCCUCGGACCCUGGCGCACAAACCGGUGCGCCCAAGUCCAGAGCUAUGCGUGCAAUUGUGCCAGUGUCACCGGGAGGCUCGCUGCAUUUGCCUCCUUCACAGGAACAUCAAUGGUGGCUGCUCUCAGAAGAUCAGCAAUUGCUGUUGGAGCGAGUAGAUCCCAACGAAUUGGCGGCCAUGGAAGAGGAAUAUGACCGUGCUAGAUCGGCCGCCGCAGUUAGCGCGGCCUUGGGUAGGUCAUCCAGUGGUACUGGCAGCAUGUCGGAAGGAGGAAACGCCAGCAUGCGUACUAACGCGGGAAUUCACACCGCGAAUCUAGUGUCGGGACCGACUGCUCAUCAGGCUGUCCUGGAACCUAUCAAGCUGGUUCAAGUCCCGAAGAAGGCCGCUGAACCGAAACAGGCAGAAGAAGAUAAAACUCCACAGUUCAACACGCGAGCCUACAUGAUUUCGCUGUUUGCGAGCAACUUUUACCGCUUCAAAAUCAGUGCACUCAUCCUCGCCUUCCUGAUCAACUUCUUGCUGUUGUUUUUCAAGGUACACCAAGCGCAUUCCAACGAGGAGGGAUUAGACGACGUCUCUGAAGGAGCAUUGGCUACGGCUGCCUUGCGUGCAGCGGUCGGUGAUGCUGCCGAGGGUGCAGAGGACGCAGAGCCUGAGGAAUGGAUAACUUUGGCCGACUCAAAUGCUUACAUAGCGCCACUGAUAGCCAUCUUGGCGGCCAUUCACUCCCUGCUAUCUUUCAGCAUGCUGAUCGCCUACUACUACCUGAAAGUUCCCUUGGUGAUCUUCAAACGAGAGAAGGAGAUCUCCCGAAUGUUGGAAUUCGAAGGGAUGUGGAUCUCACAGCAGCCGGCUGAAGACAACCUCCGCGCCCAUUGGGACAAGCUUGUACUUUCCACUCCCUCAUUUCCACAAAUGUACUGGGGUAAAUUUGUGAAGAAGAAAGUGCGCAACAAGUACUCAGUGCAGUACGACUACGAUGAGAUCACGACGCUUUUGGGAAUGGACAAACCUGUGCCGGAGCCUAAUGGAACAGGGGGUGGUUCCAUCUUCAGCUUUUUCAGUGGCGUGGAUAUACAAUAUCUUACAUGGAAGUGGGGAGUCGUAUUCACGGAUAUUUCAUUCCUCUACCUCGCUGUCUACUUUGCUGCGUCGUUCUUUGGCAAUUUCAACUAUUUCCUCUACGCGUGUCACCUGUUGGAUGUGGCCGUAUCGUUCAAGACUUUGAGAACGAUCAUCCAGUCCGUGACACACAAUGGGAAGCAGCUGGUGUUGACUGUCAUGUUGACCUCCAUUGUGAUCUACUUGUACACGGUGAUUGCCUUCAACUUUCUGCGAAAAUUCUAUGUGAAAGACAAUGAUGGCGUCCAAGAUCCCAAAUGCAAUGAUAUGAUGACGCUCGUGUUGACUGUCAUGUUGACCUCCAUUGUGAUCUACUUGUACACGGUGAUUGCCUUCAACUUUUUGCGAAAAUUCUACGUGAAAGACAAUGAUGGCGUCCAAGAUCCCAAAUGCAAUGAUAUGAUGACGUGCUUCAUAUUUCAUCUGCACACGGGGCUGAGGGCAGGUGGUGGUAUCGGGGAUGAAAUUGAAGCGCCGGACGGAGAUGAAUGGGAAGGCUUUCGAAUAAUGUUCGAUUUGACAUUCUUCUUCUUCGUGAUCGUCAUCCUGCUGGCCAUCAUCCAAGGUCUAAUUAUCGAUGCAUUCGGUGAUCUGCGAGAUCAGUUGGAACAGGUCAAAGAAGAUUUGGAGUCAAAAUGCUUCAUUUGCGGUAUUGGCAAGGAAUACUUUGACAAAAUUCCUCAUGGGUUUGAACAACACGUGGAGAAGGAACACAACUUUGCCAACUACAUGACAAGUCAUUACACAUUUUCCAGUCUCCAGCCAGAGGGCCAGGAGACCGGGUUGGUCAAGCUUUCAGCUAUCCUGGUAUGGGAAACCAAACGGGUGUCACACGGACACUCCCUCACCAGCAUAGCUCAAUGCGUCGCGCAGCCUCUUCGUGACGGAUGCAAGUGUCCUUACCGGUUGACUGGGCGCCGUGUAUUCCUUUGUUCAAGAGCGACAAUCUGCAUCGAAUUGUUGGAUGAAAGUGAACUACACCGGUGGACACCCUAG